AUGCAUAAAAAUUAUAUUGCUGCAUUGUCGGCAAAGUCUGAGCCGAAAAAUUUCAGAGAGGCAAUGACACAUCCAGGUUGGAGGAAAUCAAUGGCGGAAGAAAUACGGGCCUUAGAAGAACAAGGCACAUGGGAUAUCACUGAAUUGCCACCUGGUAAGAAGGCUCUAGGAAGUAAGUGGAUAUAUACGGAAAAAUAUGAUGAAAAUGGUACUUUGGUACGUUUAAAAGAAAGACUUGUGAUUUUUGUAAAUCAUCAAGUUGAAGGUUUGGAUUACAAUGAGACGUUUGCACCAGUGGCAAAGAUGACAACUGUUCGUAUGUUUUUGGCUGUUGCUGCGGCUAAGCAAUGGGAUGUGCAUCAGAUGGAUGAAAUGAUCUGGUUGCGCUUACACAAUUUAAAGCAUACUUGGGUCAAUGUUUUAAGAUGA